GCUUCAGUCCAUCAGCAUACACAGUGAAUGAAGACGGCAUAUUUGUUAUUCUGACUGUUGUAAGCAGGAGUGAGGACUUGGAGCGAGAUGUUGUGGUACAAGUCAGCACAGUUUCUGGGUCUGCAGUUGAAAGAGCGGAUUUCAGUGGCAAUGUUCAAACUGUUACAUUCUCGUCGGAGACAUCGAGUGAAAGUGUUUUGGUAUUUAUCACUGAUGACGAUGAGUACGAGGGCACAGAAGAAUUCUAUGGGACGUUGACAACAACCGACGGGCGUGUGAACAUUUUUGAACCAGAUGCAACUAUCACAAUUGUCGAUGACGAUGUUAGAGUGUACUUUGAGAGGG